AUGCGGGAAGGAGAAACGCUGAAGGCCUACUCCGACAGAUACUGGGAGAUGUACAACGAGAUAGAAGGAAAUUACGAUGACGUCGCCAUUAGUACGUUCAAAAGGGGCCUGCCGACAGAGCAUGGCUUGAGAAAGUCCCUCACUGGGAAGCCGGUCACCAGCGUGCGCCAAUUCAUGGACAGAAUAGACAAGUACAAAAGGGUCGAAGAGGACCGGCAAAUGGGGAAGGGUAAAGCGAAGGUUGUCCCUCAGGAGAGGAGGGACUUCAGAAUCCUGGAGAAGGUGAAGUGCGAACCCUUCUUUCUAUGGCCAAACAGGAUGGCAGGCGAUCCCUCAAAACGCAAUCAGAAUCUGUACUGCACGUACCAUCAGGAGCCCGGUCACACCACCGACGAAUGCAGGAAUCUGAAAAACCAUUUGGAUCGGCUUGUCUGA